AUGCCUCCAUGGUCCUUGAUAUCGCCCGCCUCACGAGGCAUUGGCUUUGCGCUUGCCAAAAGAGUCCUACAAACCACCAACGCGCCAGUCGUUGUCACAGCGCGCAAAGACCUCGACAAAACAAAAGAGGAACUUCUCAAUGGCACCAACGUUGACGAAGCGAGGCUCCGUGUAUUGAAGCUGGACGUUUUGGUCCCAGGAAUCUUAUUCCCAGAAAAAGCCCCAUCGCAAAUCAACGCCGACGACGCUCUACUAACCUUCCGCACCAACACGCUCGGCCCCAUGUUAAUGCUCAAGCACUUCUCCCCCUUUCUGCCCAAGAAAUCCGCAUCUCCGGACCCCGACUCCGAUGACAUGAAAGGCCUUCCCCUCACUGCCACAACAGCAAUCAUGUCCGCGCGUGUCGGCAGCAUCAGCGACAACCGCCUCGGUGGAUGGUACAGCUAUCGCGCGUCGAAAGCGGGUGUGAAUCAGUUGGUUAGGACGUUCGACAAUCAUUUGCGCACGGCGUCCGGGGAGAAUGCCAUGGCUCUGUCGUUGCAUCCGGGCACGGUGAAGACGGAUUUGAGCAAAGAUUUCUGGGGGAAUGUUAAGAAGGAGAAGCUUUUUGAGAGGGAGUGGGUGGCUGAGCAGUUGAUUGAUGUAAUUCAGAAGGUGGGGGUGGAUGGGAGGGGUAAGUGUUGGGAUUGGGAUGGGAAAGAGGUUCCGCCUUGA